GUCCGGCUUUCUGUAAAAACAACAUCUCACCUUCUUUCUUUAGUCCAAGCGCUGGAUCACGUUUGAGUGACCGUGGAGUGCGUUCGCUGUCAUGUAGUUGAGCGUUAACACGGCGCGAACCGCAGCGAGAGGGGGACUUUAGCGUGGAGACGAGGCGCCGCAGUCGAGCCAUGGCUGCGCGGGAGGAAGCAGAGGUUUCACACAGCAAAACAAGGCACCACGACGGAGCUGGAAGUGUAAACAGCUCAGAGGGCUUCAGGAACGGCUACGUGAAGAGCUGCGUCACCCCCCUCAAACAGGACCAUCAGUGGGGAUUCUUGGUGAACGUGUGCAGGUUCUGCAGCGAGGACUCAAAACUGUUGAAGGUCUCCGUCCUCUACGUGGGCGCGUUUGUCGUUUUCGCGCUCUCUCUCCUCAUUUCGAGGAGCUUGCAAAGUGACUCGCUGUGGGAUUUGCGGACUUUUCUGUGGGGCUUCUCGCAGUCCAUCAGCCCGCUGUUCAGCAUAGGAUGUGCGUUCUUCUUCCUCACGUUUUACCUGCGGAGGAAAAAGAGGGAGGGCAGCAAGUGCUGGCUCGUGUCACUGCCAGCGUCGUGUUACCUCGGGGAUUUUUUGGUUUUGCGGUUCUUGCAAUGGGGAGAGGAGCAGCACCAGAUGCAAAUGGUGGGCAGGUUGUUGUUCGUGCUGGGAUGCGUGGGUCUGCUCACGCUCGUCCCCACGCUCAAACUCAAACACAGUGUCCUCAUACUGGUCUUCGCCAGCGUGGUGUGGCUCGUGUCGUUCACAAGUUUGAGCGGACUGCCCGCGCUGCUCAGGCCGCUCCUCGCCUGCUUCGCCGGGGUCUGUGGCUCCCUGUUGGGGCUCGGCUUCGACCGUUACAACCCGUCGCGAGAGGCGGCGAGCGGGAGUCCCAGCGCCGAGGAGAAGGUCCCGGUGAUCAGACCCAGGAGGCGGUCCAGCUGUGUGUCACUGGGGGAGACGUCGACCAGCUAUUAUGGCAGUUGUAAAAUGCCCCGCAGACCCUCGUUGCCCUGUAUAUCCAGAGAACAGAUGAUCCUGUGGGACUGGGAUCUGAAACACUGGUACAAACCGCAGUAUCAGGGUGCGGUGAGCGGCAACGGCGUGGAUCUGUCGGUCAUCAACGAGGCCAGGAACUUGGUGUCGGACCUGCUCAUGGACUCGUCCCUGUCGCCGCACACCGUCUCGGCUCUGCGCAGCAUCUCGAGCCUCAUGGGCACGUUCUCCGGCUCGUGCCGCCCACGGGUCAACCCCUUCACCCCCUUCCCGGGAUUCUACCCCUGCGAUGAGGUGGAAGACUCUGUCGAGCGGAGCGACAGGAAGACCAUUAAGGGUCUGAGCAGCAGAAACAGCCUCCCCACCCCUCAGCUGCGUCGGAGUUCCACCUCCUCCUCCUGCGCCUCUGCGCUCUCCGCUCUUGAAUCCACCUCUUCACGUUGGGAGCGCAGCAGUGGCAAGAGGCCCCACCCUGACCUCAACUUGACCAGCUCAGGUCUGUCCAAUGGGCCCAGUGCAAACCUGCUAACCAUUCCCAAGCAGAGAUCGUCCUCUGUUACCCUCACAUACCAUGCAGGGCCUCGGAGAGCUGGUACAUCUCCGAGCCUGAGCCCGCUCACCUCACCAAGCCACAGCCCUCCCGCAGUGGGUCUGGGCUCCUCAUCCUCUUCGUCGUCCCUCGUCACGCGCUCGCCCGUGGAGUUCCCCGACACGGCGGACUUCCUGACGAAGCCGAGCGUCAACCUGAACCUGCACAAGCCGAUGGGCUACACGUUCAGCUCGCCGGACUUUCAGCAGUCUUACCGGAGCUCCGCUCUCCCUCUCUGCACCAGCUGUGGUCGUCAGAUGCUCAAGGGGUUUUCAGGUGGUGAUUCAGGGGAAUCGGCGUCAAGCAGUGAGGCUCAACGCAGGCGUUCAGGAGGCGAAGGGCUGGAGUUCGCCGGUGCCUCUCUGAUCAGGGAGGAGUGUCCGGAGGUGGACGCGUCUGGAGACGGGAGACCGGAUGCUGCGGGGAACCAGGGACAGACUGAGGAGGAGAAGGAGCAGAACCCAAGCACAGACCAGCAGACUCAGGAAUCAGAGGGCGAGAAGGAGUUCAGACUGGAUCCUAUGCUGGAGGACCAAGAGGCUCUCAUGGAGAGAAUGAACACGUGGAACUUCCAGAUCUUUGACCUGGUGGACAAGACGGGAGGAAAGUCGGGGAGAAUUCUCAGCUAUGUGACGUACACCCUUUUCCAGGACACGUGUCUUUUUGAAAUCUUCAAGAUCCCAGUGAGGGAGUUCAUGUCGUACUUCCAUGCUCUGGAAAAUGGCUACAGAGACAUUCCCUAUCAUAACCGGGUCCAUGCUACUGAUGUGCUCCACGCUGUCUGGUACCUGACCACUCGACCAAUCCCUGGGUUCCAGCAGAUCCACAGUGAACAUGUGACAGGAAGUGACACAGAUUCAGACAGUGGGAUCUCUCCAGGCAGGAUAUCCUACGCCUCGUCCAAGAGCCUCUCCAUUUCAGACGACAGCUACGGCUGCCUGGCGUGGAACAUCCCCGCCCUGGAGCUCAUGGCCCUCUAUGUAGCAGCUGCAAUGCACGACUACGACCAUCCCGGUCGCACAAACGCCUUUCUCGUAGCCACUAAUGCACCUCAGGCAGUGCUGUACAACGACCGCUCAGUGCUGGAGAACCACCACGCCGCUUCGGCCUGGAGCCUCUACCUCGCCCAGCCCGAGUUCAACUUCUUGGUCAACCUGGACCACGUGGAGUUCAAGCGCUUCCGCUUCCUCGUCAUCGAAGCGAUCCUGGCCACAGACCUCAAGAAGCACUUUGACUUCCUGGCUGAGUUCAAUUCCAAGGUGAACGACGUGAACAGUCCAGGAAUCGACUGGACCAACGAGAAUGACCGGCUGCUCGUGUGCCAAGUGUGUAUCAAGCUGGCGGACAUCAACGGACCGGCCAAAGUCCGGGACCUGCAUCUCAAAUGGACGGAGGGCAUUGUGAAUGAGUUUUACGAGCAGGGAGACGAGGAGGCCAGACUGGGGUUACCCAUCAGCCCCUUCAUGGACCGCUCCUCGCCGCAGCUGGCUAAGCUGCAGGAGUCCUUCAUCACCCACAUCGUCGGGCCUCUCUGUAACUCGUACGACGCCGCCGGCCUCCUGCCGGGCCACUGGAUCAAUGAGGGGGGAUCGGACGACGAAGACGAGGAGGGGCAGGUGGACACAGACACGGAGGACGAGGAGGACGAUGAGCUAGAAGACGAGCUUGCACCAAAAAGGAGGAAGAGACACCGCCGGUUGUUCUGCAGCAUCAUGCAGCACCUGACGGAGAACCACAAGGUGUGGAAGAAGACCAUCGAGGAGGAGGAGAAGAGCAAAGAGCCGCCGACGGAGAGCCUGCUCCCGAGUCUGCCCGCCGGCCUCCCCGUCUCCCCGUCCGAUGACAUCCAGGUCAUCCAGGAGGAGGAGGAGGGAGAGGAGCGUCAGUAGCAGCGCGACGAAGGAAAGAGUCGAGACGAGUGGGGAGUGGGUGAGGGGGGGAGAAGGUGAGAGGCGGGACAAGGACACGAGUCCACUCGACCGAGCGUCUGCCUUUUUCCGCCGACGUAAACACAGACAAAUGCACAUAAAAACACACUUUUCUCCCUCUUUCUUUCACACACACACACACACAUUGAAACGUUCACUGUGCAGACUGAAGCAGUCACAUUGAUCUUGGAGAAACAAAAAGGCCUUACUACUGUGAGCGGAUCCUUGCUGCAACGGUGGGAGCCCAAACUCCUAUGCACUUUCACCCCCGUGGAGAGACAAGUGCACCCAGAGGGGGAGGGGGGAGGGGGGGGGGACAGAAAAAAACAAAAAAAAAGCACCAGAACUGAGGAGGAAAUGGUCCAGAAGAAGAAGAAGAAGAAGGAAGUGGAUGGAAACCCGGCUGUGAUGCUGCCUUGAACGAAACGAAGAAGCGCUUACACCUUCCUUUAGGUACAGAAACGAUUCCCGUCUAUUUAAAAAUGACAAAGGUGGAAAAAAGAAAGACGUAAUUAGUGUUUGUGUGACGCGGAUACCCUUUACCAAAGUGAACAGUUCAAUGGAAAGACAAGAGACUGACACCCGUUCAGCCUCAAUGUCAGGUAUAUUUUUUUGAAUUAUAUAUAUAUAUAUAUAUAUAAGUAUAUAUGAUGAUAAUAAUAAUAAUAAUAAUAAUAAUAAUAUGUGCCUGAGCCUGUUCCGGCACAGAGCCUCGGCUUGUGUAGUUCUCUCUUCUCGCUGGUGACACGAAACACUGUAUAAGACUCAGUCGCAGAGACGUUAUUGACUGAUUAUUAGCAUUAUAUCUGCAUCAUUUUGGAUGCUUUUACUCAUGUGUACCCACCUGUUUGUCCUCCUCUUUUUUUUAUCCUUCAACUUCCCUUGCUUCAUUGUGGUUGUGUGCGUGAAUCUGUUGUUUGUUUGAGAGAGAGUGAGUCGAGAGAAAGAAGCGAGCACAUUUUUAACGAUUUCUUUUGUGUGUGUGUGUGUGUGUGUGUGUGUGUGUGUGUGAGAGAGAAUGUCUCCGUGUGUGUGUCCUCUACAUAAAUGGUCGGUCGCUGAUCUGUGAAAUAUGUCCUCUGGUGUUCAACGUUCAACUCAUCCUUCGUUUUAUUGUUUUCGGGGAUCGUUUUGAAGUAUGUUUUUUUUUUUUUAAAGGUUACUCAGGAUUCAUGCAAAGUGGAUUGCACGGAUUUAUGUCAUGAAUAUGAAAACUGAGACCAUUUUUAAAAAAGAAGAAGAAGAAGAAGAAGAAGAAGAUCUGAGUGGCUGAAAUAAGCAUUUAAUUCAAGUCCUCUGCGACAGAGGAGCGCACAGUAUGUGCCGUCUCUUGGCCAUUCGUACACUGUUUGCAUAACCUUAUCACAACCUCACUGGGGGGCGGGGAAAGCUUAUCUCGAUUGUCCGCAGACAAUAAAUGUCUCUCCUGCAACAGCAGCAGCAGCAGCACAUGUGUGGUUCUCUCUCCUCGCACCACGUUCUAAAGUGUCCGUGUUUCCGUUCAAACCUCUAACUUUGGCCAGUGUGUAAAGAAGGGAUCCAGGGUUUCAUAAUUAAAAACAAAUCAUCUUUAUUUUCCUUUCCAUUAAGAACUCUUGGCAUUCCACUAGAAAAAGAUGCAAAAAUAAAAAAAAGUAAAAGGGGGGGAAAGGCAGAAUUGUCUGCGGCCUUGCCUCCUUCAUAAAAUCCGAGGUCGAGAGAAACAUCUGAAGACACAAAACGACAUAAACGUGUGCACAUUUUAAUACCAAACAAGUGUUUAGCCGCUGUACAAAAGAGUAUGUGCAUAUAAAUAUAUAUUUUUUAAAUAAUCAAAUGGAUGCAUCGGUUUUCUACAUGCAGCUGACAUUAUUGUACAUUUGACAUCCUGUCAUGAACGUCGUGUUUCCAGAGUUUUUAUCGGCUUCUCUUCACAGGCGUGGAACUGUCGGGUUUGGUGUUUUUGUUCUUUUGAUUCCUCGGCCUCGCCCUGAAUCACAACCACUCUCUCGCGUUUCCGCCGUCGUCGUCGUCGUCGCCGCCUCGCCCUCUCUGUCGCUGUCGCUCCGACCCCAACUCGUGCCAAACUUUACCUACAGUACAGUAGAUGCUAAGGCUGCUUAGAUGCUGUUUGUGCCACAGAAAACAGUCCCAAUGUUUUCCCAGCAGUCAGAGUUGGACUCAGGUCAGAGCCGUAUACAUUCUGAUAACUCUGCGACAGUUGAUCCACAUGGACAUCGUAAAAAAAAACCCCGACCCGACACGUUCCGGCUCAUGGAGUUAGUUGUAAACUUUUUUUUUUGUUGGCUUGUCACUGUGUCGUCUUUCCCACCACAAUGUCCUCUAAUGAUUGUGCCAUAAAUACACCUUUACGAAAUUUUGUUACUCACAUGUAGCAUCGAUAUAUGUAGGUUUGUCUAAUGUAACCAUUCAACUGAUUUUUAUUUUUUUGUUAUUUAUAGCUGUCAUAAAACACCAUCCCUAAAGUA